ACAAGAACACUGUCAGAGUGAUUACAAACUAAAUUGUAUAAUUUGUUUGGUGCGCGAAUCUUGCAACAGUGACCUCGACAGAUCUCUGAAUGAGAUCAAUAUGAUGAAUUGAAAUUUAGAAAUAUUUUCAUCAAGCACAUGUUUUAAACAUUACAAUUUGUUUAUUUAUAAGUUAGUGAUAAAAUUAACCUUGUGAUACAUAGUUGUCUUCUAAAACUGAGUGAGGUACCAUCGAUUACGGGAGUCCAUUUGAGUCACUAUUAAUAAACAAAUAGGUCUGGUUUUUAAUUGAGGAAGCAAAAUGUCGAAGUUGUUGAAGUACUUGAUAGUUCUGGUGUUGAUAGUUCAUAUGGAAUGCUCAAGUUUCCAAUUAAGUGAUUGUCGCUUGGGCCCAACUGUGUCCAGCCGACAAUGCAAGGGACUAUUUCCGCGUUACUUCUGGAACGAUGACACCCAAGAAUGUGAAGAGGUCAUUUACGGUGGUUGCAGACCAACAAAAAAUAAUUUUUUGACCAUGGAGGAAUGCAUCUCUAUCGCAAAACCCGUCUGUUACAAUUUGUUGAGAUAAAAAGUGUUUAGUUUUAGGUGUGUUACAAUUGCAGUAUUUAUUGUAGUUUAAAAUGUGUAUCCCAAUGUAAUUCGAUAAUAUUGAAUAGAAUUAUUUAUAUUUUAAAGGUACAAUGUUUAUUUGACUUAAUUUUAAUAAAGAUCCAUUUGGAAA